CCAGCAUCACUACUCCUGCAUCCUCUCCGCAUCAAGCCUCGGAGACCGAGAGGUAGCUUAAUGAUCAAGACAAUGAACUGAGAAAGUCAUGGGCAAUUCUUCUUCCGCGAAAGAGAUAACUGAGUAAAAGCUUCCCAAAGGUGCCUUGCCACAACUUGUCUUGAAAGAGAACAUUACAUUUUUUUCGUCCACUCUUGGCCCUGAUCAACCAUGUCCAAAAAGACGACGUCUGCAGCUCUGUUUCCCAAUGCCAAGGUGGCCGCUGAAGUGACGACAUAUUCAGCGUCGAGUUCAACUGCAUUGCCAAAACACCUCGUGGACUAUCACGCUUGGGUAGAUGAGAACCGUCCGCAGGAUGCGGCUUACAUGAUCUCGAACUUGCAGGCUCAGAGUCUCAUCUUCUUUGCAAGAGCCUUUGGUGCUAAGCGAAUUCUCGAAAUUGGCUCAUACGUUGGCUACUCUGCGCUCGUGUGGGCGCAUGCCGUUGGCGAAGAUGGCAAAGUGACCGGCCUUGAGUUCUCAGAGGAAUAUGCAAAGAUUGCCAAUGGCACGUUUGAGAAGCAUGGGGUGAAGAAUGUGGAAAUCAUCGUAGGGGAUGCGCUCCAAACGUUAUCAACUCUGCAGCCCGAGGAACCGUAUGAUUUGAUCUUUAUUGAUGCCCAGAAAUCAGGCUAUCCAAGCUAUCUCAGGGACAUCCUGGCUGGAUCUCGGCCUGGUUCAACUAAUCGGCUCCUUCGUCCUGGCGGCUUCAUCGUUGCUGACAAUGUCCUUCGACGAGGACUGGUUGCCGAUGGGAGCGAGGAUAAUCCGAACUGGCAACUACAACGGCAUGUCCUGCACGCAGAAGAGGAUCUUAUUGCUCUCCGCGAAUUCAACAAGGCCUUAGCAAACCAUGAACGAUUGGAGGCGCUCCUAUUGCCAAUUUUUGACGGUGUCGGUUUUGCGAGGCUACUUGAUUGAUUUGGUCGCUAUUGAAACCUGCGGACUCUUGCCUGAGAAAGGCAUCAAACUCAAGCUGUGUUUUGACCUUUGAUGAGCAAGGGCACUCUUUGCUACGGAGCGUCCAUUGCGAGAUAGAGCGAGGAACUCCCCGCCGAGAUUCACGAUCCGGACGAAACAUGGCAAGGGGGUGUUACACUUGAAUCUAAGAAGAAAAUACUUCUACAACACUUUUGCUCAUGUCGUUUGUAACCUUUGAAAACUCCUUUCUUGUGAAUAUUUGUGCUUUGAGAGCUUCCCAACAUCCCAAGUCGCCUCAAAGCCCU